UCAGAAUGCAUAAUGUUUAAAAAAAUUUUGGCUUAUUAAAAGCCUUAUUGUUUUUAUAAGAAACUCUCAUUUUUCUCUAAUUAGAGAUAUCCUCAUGCAUUCCUGGCCUUUCGUGAAGGAUUGGGUCAGGAAAAACCUGAAAAGUAAAAAGAAAUUCAAUAAUUCUUUCCCGAAAUUUUUGGUUACUCAGCCUCCUGUUCGACAAACUACUUCGAGGAGAGAAAAAGCGUCUACUACUGUUUUAUUUGCUAUUAAAAAAACUACUCGGGGGUAUCUUUUGCGAGCUGCCACAGGUGCUUUUUUGGCUACUACGUUUGUAGCUGCCUAUCAAAAAUAUGAGGGGAGAGCCAUCUUUCUUUCAACGACCCGGUUUUUUAGAUCGAUUUGGGCUUGUACUAAAAUAUCAGCCGACUACAAAAUUUCUACUCUUUUUCUUUCAGGUAAUGAGCUGGAUAAACAAAUUAGCUUGAUUCAUGCCCGCUCUGCAGAAACCCUGGUAGGGCUUUUUCAAAGACAAGGUGGAAUUUACGUCAAGUGUGGACAACACAUGUCAUCUUUGACCCAUCUGUUGCCACCAGAAUAUUGUAGAGCUAUGUCUCGGCUCCACUCAAAUGCCUCUACUCGUAGUUAUGACGUCAUUGAAGAAGUUUUGGAGAAAGAGUUGGGAGUCAGACCUUCUGUUUACUUUGACUACAUUGAUCCUACUCCAGUUGCGGCGGCGUCUAUUGCACAGGUACACUAUGCAGUCGUCGAUAAGAAACCUUGUGCUGUCAAAGUUCAAUUUCCAGAUGUUGGUGAAUUAUGUAAUAGUGACAUCAAGACAAUUGACUUCAUCACACGAGUCAUAAGUUUUAUUUUUCCGCAGUUUAAACUUCAAUGGCUGGUAAGGGAAUUUGAAAACAACCUGCCUUUGGAGCUUGAUUUUCUCUACGAAGCGGAAAAUGCCAAUACGAUGAGAGAAUUGUUUAAGAAUGAUCAAUAUUUUCAUAUUCCAGAAAUCUAUUCUGCUACCAGGCGCACUUUGAUCAUGGAAUGGAUUGAAGGAAAGCACAUUUGUGAUAUGGCCGGACUCAAGGAAAUGAACGCAAAUCCAUUGGCUAUCUGUGCUCAGCUGAAUCGUAUUUUUACCGAGCAAAUAUUCAAACAUCGGUUUGUUCAUUGUGAUCCGCAUCCAGGCAAUAUCCUCGUUCGUAAGACUGAACGAAAUCCGCACAAAAUAGAAAUAUGCUUGUUAGAUAAUGGUCUGUAUCGUAGAUAUUCAGAAGAUUUUUGUUUGGACUACGCUAAACUUUGGAUGGCAAUCUUGAGACAAGACGAGGAUGCCAUGGCAGAAAGCGCCAGAAGAAUGGGCGUCACCGAUUAUCGUCUAUUUGCAUCAAUUAUUACAGCUCGCUCUUGGGGCAGCAUAUCAACCGCCUUGUAUUCUGAUAUGGAUGUUAGUGAAGUCAGAUUUAUUAAAUCUCAGGUGAUCGAUCGAGCUAUAGACAUCACCUUUAUCUUAGGGAACGUCCCUUCGUCCCUUCUUCUGUUGCUCAAGACGAACGAUCUUUUACGCGUCAUCAAUCGCCAACUUGGAAACUGUCCUGUAUCGGCUCUGCUCGCUACAACUCAGGCAUGUCAAUCCUUAAUUCGUAAUAAAUCCGAUAAAAAAUCUGGAAUCUGGGUGUUCAUCGAAACACAUUGGGAACGAUGGGCACUCCGCAUCAAGUUCUGGAUUUUCAGCUGGAUUCUAUUUUUACGACCUAUUUUUGUAUUGCAAAAAUAAUUUCUGUACAUUAAAGCCUGCGUUUUCCUGAUUUCCAUGCACUCGUCAAACGACAAGAAUGUGGCGCUCUAAAGAUAUACGGUCGUUCUGUUCUUUAUUGCGUUAUUGUGGCGAUUUUGUAGGGUGAUUUUUCUCCUCUCUGAUUUCAAGCUGAAUUUCCUCAUUUCUUUUUUGGGAUGCUAUGUCAAGAAUUAAGACAACUUCUCUA